CUCCCCCCUCCCUCUCUGGUCGCUCCCUGCACUCCCCCUCCACCCCCCACCCCCGGAUGGGGAAAAAAAAAAAAAGAUGUCAGCUCCUCGGCUGUAGUAUUGCUCCUUAAAAACCCCUCUCUCUGAAAAUGACAUGCCCUCGCCAUGUAACUCCUAACUCGUAUUUGGAGCCCCUGGCUGCGUCUUGCAGAGCGGAGACCUAUACGUCCAACCCAGGGAUGUACAUGCAAUCCGGGAGUGACUUCAACUGUGGGGUGAUGAGGAACUGUGGGAUUGUGCCCUCUCUCUCCAAGAGAGACGAGGGCGGCAGCCCCAGCCUCUCUCUCAACACCUACCCGUCUUACCUUUCGCAGCUGGACUCGUGGUGCGAUCCCAAAACCGCGUACCGUAUAGAACAACCUGUUGGCAGACAGCUGUCGUCCUGCUCCUACCCAACUAGUGUCAAGGAGGAGAAUGUGUGUUGCAUGUAUAGCGCCGAGAAAAGGGCAAAAAAUGGUCCUGAGACAGCCCUUUACCCUAACCCCUUACCCGAGUCCUGCCUCGGGGAGCACGAAGUCCCUGUCCCCAGCUAUUAUAGAGCCAGCCAGAGCUACCCCACCCUGGAGAAACCGCCCCAUUGCUCUGGAGCGACCGAGUUCGAGGCGAGUUUCGAACCCCGGGCUAGCCUCCAUUCCCGGAGUGAACAUCUGGAAUCGCCUCAGCUUGGGGGGAAAGUGAGUUUCCCCGAGACUCCCAAGUCGGACAGCCAGACCCCGAGCCCCAACGAAAUCAAAACGGAGAAGAGCCUGGUGGGACCCAAAACUAGCCCUUCGGAAAGCGAGAAGGAGCUGAGUAAGACUACCGACACAAGUACCGAUAAUUCUGAUAACGAAGCAAAAGAGGAUAUAAAGGCAGAAAACACGACAGGAAAUUGGCUGACAGCAAAGAGCGGAAGGAAGAAGAGGUGCCCCUAUACUAAACACCAGACGUUGGAACUGGAGAAAGAGUUUCUGUUCAAUAUGUAUUUGACCCGAGAGCGCCGCCUGGAGAUUAGCAAGACGAUUAACCUUACAGACAGACAAGUCAAAAUCUGGUUUCAAAAUCGCAGAAUGAAACUCAAGAAAAUGAACCGAGAGAAUCGAAUUCGCGAACUGACCUCCAAUUUUAAUUUCACCUGAGCGCGCAGGCUCCCCGCCCUCUCCCGCCCCCCUCUCUGUCCCCGCCCCCUCCUUCCCCUUUGUGCGGGCUGAGUUUUUUCCUCGAGUAUAAAUGCACUGUGUAUGCAAAAAGAAAAAAAAAAGAUCUCAGACUCUCCUUCGGAGGGACUUCUUGUUGGUGCAGCGAAGAAGCCUCAAUAUAAGCAAGAGAAGAUCUAUAUCUAUACCUGUGACUAUAUAUGUGUGUGCAUACACUCAUUUAGCAUCCUUGUAAUCCAUGUAGCGUUAAGAUUAAAUCCAUUCAGAUCGCUCAAAGAGAGAAAACCCCACCAAAUUAUAUAUCUAUAUCUAUAUCUAUGUCUAUAGAUAUAGGUAUAUAGAUAUAGGUUAGUAUCCCCAGAAGCACGAUAAGUAUCGCUCCUUCUUCUGCAUUGUAUAUUUAGGGUAAUAGACGUUUUGGAAAGUUUGACUAGUGUUGUGUGUUUGCUGUAGCCACCCAGCGCUUCCGACUCCCCCCACUCCAAUUCCUACCCCACCCAUGAGUGUAGCGCUAAGUCAAGCUGAGAAAUCUGCUCCAUGUCUUGUACUUGUAAAGCUUUUGUCCCCCACCUCCCCCCAGUCCCCAGCCCGACACCCCCAUCUCCAUCCCUACUCUGAGAAAUGACAUCUCAGAGAGUCUCUUCAGAGGAAUAAUUCUGAAGAAAAGCAAAGGGGUAUAGAUAGAAUUACUGUCCCCCCCCCACACUCCCCAAGACUGAAUAAGUCCAGCUCUGAUCGUCGUGUUAUUUAAAGAUAUUCUGUAUGUUGUAUCUUUUGCAUGUAGCUUCCUUAAUGGAGAAAAAAAAAUCCUAAUAAAUUUCCAGAAUCUUACUCCUCAAA